AUGGAUCAUCAUACCUCAGGCCAACACACUCAAUCCAACCACGCCUCAAGUUUUCAGUGGCUUUCUUUUGCUUACCAGGGCCUGACAGAAAUCCCUUAUGAAGCUAUACUUACAAAGACAGACAGUCUGGAGGUGCUGGACCUGAGUUAUAAUCUGCUGGAUGAUCUUUAUUGGAAUCCGGCUCUGCUGGGUCAGCUGGAGAAGCUUAGCACUCUGAUUCUGGACUGUAACAACUACACAUCUCAUGUCAAGUUCCCCUUCAUGCCCAGUGUGACCACAGUGUGCAUCAACAAGAACAAAAUCAACAAUCUGCCUGUGUUUGUGGAGGAAAUCAGACGAAAGUUCCCAAACAUCAAGAUCCUCAGUAUGAUGAACAAUGAGGCAGCACCUAGCUAUUUCAAUGGAGGAAGUCUGACCCAGUACAAAGACUAUAGACAGUACGUCAUCAGUCAGAUCCCAGGUCUGGAGAUACUGGAUGACACAGAGGUCCCAGAGAAAGAGAGAGCCCAGGCUAGAAAAACCUACAAGCUGCAGCAGAGCAGUCACAGCAGCAGAAAGAGG